AUGGCGGAGGAGGGAGGGAUUUCUUCGCCCGAUUCGUCUCUCGAUGGUUCUGACGGCAGCUACGAGGCCAAGCGAGGAGCAGGCAGCUUGCUCGACCAGUUGGGCGAUACUCGCCCCGUCGAGGAAUACGUGGGCCAAUACCAAAUAGGGAAAAUAAUAGGCAAGGGCGGGUUUGGUACGGUACACAAGGGGCGCAACCUCAACACCGGCGAGAUCGUGGCGGUGAAGUGCUUCCGAGCGGAAAAGAUCGCCAAAGAGAACAUGUCGGUCGUGAUGGGGGAGGCAGAGCUGCUCAUGCGUCUGCACCAUCCCAACAUCGUCAAGUUCUACGGCUACGUGAAGACCAGACACUUUCUGUAUUUUGUGUUGGAGUACCUUGAAGAGGGAUCGCUUAGCAAAGUGUUGUCGGACUUCGGAAUCAUUCCCGAGAAGCUGGCGGCCUUCUACAUCGACCAGAUAUUGCGAGGGCUCUCCUAUCUGCAUGCUCGGCGGGUGAUCCACAGAGACAUCAAAGGGUCGAACCUUCUGAUCGCGAAGACCGGUGAGGUGAAGUUGGCCGACUUUGGCGUCUCGGCUCAGCUCAACGAAAGCGAAAAGCGCUUCUCCGUAGUCGGCACCCCCUACUGGAUGGCUCCCGAGGUGAUUGAGAUGAGCGGCCACUACACAGAAUCGGACAUAUGGAGCGUGGGCUGCGUGGUGCUGGAGCUGGUGACCGGCCAGCCGCCCUAUUACAAUCAACCGGCCAUGGCCGCCAUGUUUCGCAUCGUCGCCGACAGCCACCCACCACUCCCGCCCAACAUCUCGCCCGAUUUGGCGGACUUCCUGCUGCAGUGCUGGCGCAAGGACCCGCUGGAGCGGCCGACCGCCAAGCAGCUGUUGGAGCACCCAUGGCUCCGCAUCGCCCAUCAGAGCGACGUGCAGGCCGGGGGCACAUCGCUGGAGACGGCCCGAUCGUGGAUUGAAGACUACAACAAGGACAAGGAGGCGGGGUCAGGGCGCGGCAGGCGAAGUGAAUCGGAGGACGGCACGACGGACGACGAGAGUCCGGUGUCGACGAUGUACAUCAAGUCAACGAUAAUCAACAACAACAAAAGCAACAAGGCGAGCGAGAGCGAAGACGACGGCGGAGGCGAGGAGAGCGAAGACGACGGCUCCAAGAACAACUCCGUGCGCAUAACCAAGCUCGUCGAUCCACCACCUUUAACUCCGAGAACGGCCUCAAAGCACGCUAGCGAGAAAGAACGAAAGGAGAGGGAGAAGAGGGAGAAGAAAGAACGAAAGGAAAGAGAAAAGAUGGAGAAGAAGAAGGCAAAGCAGGGCAAGGGCGGCAGCCUGAUCGUGCGCGGCAACGAAGCCCAGCAGGGGGGCCACGACCAGGGUGCCGCCACCGGGCUGGGCAGCAAGAAGUCGCGGUCGCGGAGCCUCGACCCCAUCGCACCACCACUAGCUGCGCUGGACGCCGGUACGUCCGCGGCGUCGCGCAACGGGUCGGCUCUGGCUUCGUCUGAAGCCGCCAAGAAGCUGUGGCUGCGUCUCGAUGAGGAGAUGAAGCGCAGUGUGCAAGUCAAGAAGGAGAUGGAAGCUAUGAAGCUGGAGAUGGAGCAGAUGCGAGCAGACAAGAAUGAUCUGCGGGUCAAGCUGGCCGAGACCCGCACCAAGAACGAAGAGAUCGCCACGCUCGCCAAGGCCACCCUCGAUCCCGACCUCAGCAACGACAAGCGAGAGAAGAUGCGACGGCGCCUGGCCACGCUCCUCAAGGAAAACGAACGAUCAGGUUCGUUGACGUCGGUCGAGGAGGCCGACGCGAUGCUCCUGCGAUCGCCCAAGAGCAGCAAGAAGGCACUUCGAGUGGGCGUCGCUACGCGGCUUAUCGGCGCCGAGCGUAAGAAGCGCGCACCCAAGGGCAGCUGGCUGCGCAUGGGCAACAACGGGGCCGACCCUGCCGGCGGCGGCAGCGGUGGCGACAGCCCGGAACAACCGCCCGCCAGUGGGUCGUUCGACCUCACAACCUCGCCCUCGCGAGCCCCUGACACCGCAGCGCGGGACAGUCUGCGACGAAGCGGCUGA